UCAGUCGCGUAUGAACGACGCAGAACUUAUUGUAGACAUACAAUUAUUUCCAUUUAUAUUUUUCCUUUUUUUCUCUUUUUUUUUUUUUUGUUUUUUUUUUCAAUAAUAAUUACUGGUUAAAUUUAUCAGAUUGUAAAAGGAAAAAAAAAAUUAAAAUUAAAAUAAUAAUGCGAAUGGAAAAAGUAAUGUGGUUAUUGAGGUUAGUUUAGAUUAGGAACGGGUUGACAUAUUUUAAUACAUAACUCGUGUCACGUGUAUAUGCAGAAUCCUAGUGGGAAUAAAAUCGAAUAUAAUUUUCUGAAUUUAACCGCGUGAUAUAUUGUUAAAUUUUUGUUUAUUUACAAGUGAACGUUAAUCAUUAUAACGAUGGAUUUAUCAAUGGUACCAUUAACGGCCCUAUCCAUAAGAACUAAAAAUACUAUUUCUAACCUAUUAAAUCCUACAAAAUUUCUUCCAUGCGAUAAUGGUUUACCCAGAGAUUGGAGAGGUCUAGCACAUUUAGCAAAUAUAGAAGGUGAACUUCUACCUUUGGUAUCGUCUCAUUCUGAUCAAACUAUGUUUAUUCUAAAUACUGUUAUAAAAAGAAAAAGUAAUGAUGAUAUUGCAAACUUGCUACAUAUGCUAUCUACACUAGAAAGAUGGGAUAUUAUUGAUGAUAUUCAACAAUUUAUCGAUGAGGAUGUUAAAAAAUAUUUAGAAUGUUUGGAAAAAUCUCAAAUAACAAUUGAAGGGAUCGAGGAAAAUGUCGAUACUAGAGUACUAACAGUAGAUGAUAUUUAUAGAAUUAAACAAGGUUUAGAAAAUCAGAGAUAUGAUGCUUUUGUUUUGUAUGCUAAUGAAGAUAUUGACUUUGCAAAUGAAAUGAUAGAUCAGCUUGAAAAAUUCAACAUAAAACUUUGUGUAAAGGAUCGAGAUUUAAUAGGAGGUAUUAGUUUUGAACAUGAGGCUGUGAUGACUCUUAUAUCAGAACGUUGUAAUAGAAUGAUCAUAAUAAUAUCUCCUAAUUUUUUUAAGAGUUCUGCAAACGAGUUUUUUUUGAAUUAUUCUCAAGCUGUAAGCAUUGAUAAGCGUCAAAGGAAAAUUAUACCAUGUUUAUACAAAAAGUGUGUACUACCGCUUCAACUUAAGUAUAUGUUUAUUCUUGAUUAUACUCGAGUUGGUUUAUAUGAUUUUUGGGAACGAUUAAGAGAUUCCAUUCAAGUUUCAAAUACAUUACAUAAUAGAAAUAUGAAGGAACAAGAACUAUUAAAAUUAACAUUAAAACAAGAAACUAAAGAACAAAGUCAUGAAACUAUUCCUUAUUUGCCAUCUCUGGAUAAUUUAAGUACAUUAAGUAUUACAAUAGAUUCAACGGAUAUAAGUCAAAAUAAAUGUAAAGAAAAUAAGUCCAAGAAGAAGAAAUUUUCAAAAAUCAAGACAUUUAAAAAGAUGUUAAUGUUAAAGUCAUGAGAGAUAGAAUAUCUUUCAAUAAUUAUGUAAAAAUUCAUUUAUAUAAUGUACAUAUGUAAAUAUGCAUAUUUGUGUAUAU